GGCAAGCCUGCUGGUGUGCCUAGAACUUAAAGAAUUACCUCAUUGCCUUGGUCUGGUCCGCUCCAGGUUGUAGUUGCCCCAUUGCAUUGUGAAAGAGAACCGAAGAUCAGUCUCGCAGUCUUCCGGCUCGUGGAUAAAUCGGCAUGGAUACGAGUAUCUUGUCACCAACUCGUUUAUAGUGUUGGUCAAGCGGGAAACCCCGUUCCUUGAGAAAAUGGCAGGCGCUUUUCCUGAAGAGACAUCGAGAAGCCGAAGUCUGCCCCGAUACCGAAGCCGAGAGAUUGCGACGGUCGAAGCGACAGAGCACACCAACGGCUCCGGGGACUGGGCCAGCAACGCCGAGGCCGGCGGAUACCGCCAGGGGCCAAGCCAACGACCAAACGUCACGGCGGGCCCUGACCCAGGCUACCAAUAUCCCCCAUUGCCAGCAGCAUUACCCAUGCCGAGGAAUGAUGCCGGCGUGCCGCCGCUGACAACUUCCGCGCUUGAUACGCAGAUGGGAGGCAUUACACUGGAAGACAAGAGCGUCCAAGGGGGGGCAACGGCUUUCCCAGAUCAGACUGGCGAGGAGCUGGCAGCGCUGGCCGAGUACCCGUACUCAGUGUACAACCACGGGACAUGGACGGCGGCAGACGACAGGACCCUGAUCAUGGCUCGGUCUCGGGGACAGAACUGGGCCGACCUGCAGCGGGCGUACUUCCCCACCAAGACGGCCAACGCAUGCCGGAAGCGGUACGAGCGGCUGGUGGAGCGCCGCGGGAUACACGACUACAGCGCGCGAAAGCUCGAGAUGGUGGCCAACGAGUACAUGAACAUGCGCAAGGAGAUCUGGUCUGGUCUCGCCGAGCGGGUGGGGAUGAAGUGGGAAGUCGUCGAGUCUCUGUGCAUGUCGGCUGGGCUGCGGACCAUCCAGUCCAACGCCCGAUCCUACACCAACCGCUCAAGACGAGACAAUCGAAUAUCGCAGAAGACUCGUGAGGCGCAAGCCGAGGCCGCUGCCGCAGGCCCACUCAGCUCUGCUGUCCCGGCGGCAGGCCCGAUAGGCACGGGGUUUGGGGUUGCGUUCGCGCGGAAGGUCACCGGCAACCCGGAGUUGAGUACUACUGGUAGUAGUCCGGGACACAACACAUCGACUUCGCAUAACCCCCCUCGCAGCAACGCUGGCAUCAUGCCGCCUCCUCCACUCAUCCCUCCCAACUUGAACCAUGCUUCCCUUCCAGGCUCACUGCCUCGUGGGCAGCAGGUCCCCUUCGACGGGUAUCUCAACGGUAGAUCUCAGCCGGAGAGCGGGCAGUCCCGGGAGCCGCAACCACCGGUUCCGGGAAGGGGGCAAGAUUGGGUGAGUCCCACGUUUCGCGGGCCUGUUUAGAGACAUGACUCGGUCAACAAUAGAAUGAAUAGAAUCCUUGU